AUGUCCGAGCCCACCAAGGACGCCCCCGCUGCCGCCGCUCCCCCCGCCGCUGAGGGAGCCGCCCCCGCCGACGGUGCUAAGGCCGGUCCUAGCAAGAGCGAGCUCAAGAAGCAGGCCAAGGCCGCCGAGAAGGCUAAGAAGGCCGCUGAGCGUGCCGCCCGUGAAGAGGAGGAGCGCAAGAAGCGCGAGGCCGCUGCCGCGCAGGACAACGCCUCGCAGAACUACGGCAAGCUUCCCCUUCACCAGUCUUCUGAGCGCCGCGAGUGGCUCAAGUUCGACAACCUCACCGAGGCUGACGUUGGCAAGGAGGUCGUCUUCCGUGCUCGUCUGCACAACAUGCGCCCCCAGGGUGCCAAGAUUGUCUUCCUUCAGUUCCGCCAGCAGGUCGAGACCCUCCAGGGUGUCCUGGUUAUGACCAACAAGGAGGACGACCCGCACCAGGUGUCCAAGCAGAUGCUGAAGUACGCUCAGACUAUCCCCGGUGUCAUCAAGUCGGCUGAGGUCAAGUCUUGCACCAUCCAGAAGUUCGAGGUCGGCGUUCACAAGCUCUACACCCUUGUCGAGGCUCAGGCCCUCCCCUUCUCCAUCGAGGAUGCGUCGCGUUCGGAGGCCGAGAUCGAGAAGGGAGAGGCUGAGGGUCUCCAGUACUCGCGUGUCUCGCUCCCCACUCGUCUCGACAACCGUGUCAUGGACCUGCGUACCCCCACCAACCAGGCCAUCUUCCGCAUGCAGUCGGGCGUUUGCCAGCUCUUCCGUGACCACCUCAACGGCCUCGGAUUCACCGAGAUCCACUCGCCCAAGCUCCAGGGUGCUGCCACCGAGUCUGGUGCCUCCGUCUUCAAGGUCGCCUACUUCGACCGCCAGGCGUUCCUCGCCCAGUCUCCCCAGCUCGCCAAGCAGAUGUGCAUUGCCGCCGACAUGGACCGCGUUUACGAGAUUGGACCCGUUUUCCGUGCCGAGGACUCCAACACGCACCGUCACAUGACCGAGUUCAUGGGUCUUGAUCUCGAGAUGGCCAUCACCGAGCACUACCACGAGUGUCUCGAGGUCCUCGACUCGACCUUCAAGGCCAUCUUCAAGGGCAUUGAGACCAAGUACGCCAAGGAGCUCGAGGUCAUCCGCAAGCAGUUCCCCUCCGAGUUCAAGUACCUCGAGAAGACCCCCAUCUUCACGUUCAAGGAGGCCGCCAAGAUGCUCAAGGAGGGCGGCGCCACCGACGCCGAGGGCAACCCCAUCGGCGAGAUCGACGACAUGAGCACCGAGCAGGAGAAGCUCCUCGGCAAGAUCGUCAAGGAGAAGUACGGCACCGACUACUACAUUGUCGACAAGUUCUACGCCACUGCCCGUCCCUUCUACACGAUGCCCGACCCCGCCGACCCCGAGGUUACCAACUCGUACGACUUCUUCAUCCGCGGCGAGGAGGUCCUCUCGGGUGCCCAGCGUAUCCACGACCCUGCCUUCCUCACGGAGAAGAUCAAGGCGACCGGCGCCGACCCGGCCUCGAUGCAGAACUACAUCGACGCCUUCAAGCUCGCCGCUCCCCCUCACGCCGGUGGCGGUAUCGGUCUCGAGCGUAUCCUGCUCUUCUACCUCGGCCUCGGAAACAUCCGUCGCGCCUCCCUGUUCCCCCGUGACCCCAAGCGUCUCCUUCCUUAA